UUCCGACAAGCGGCUCGAACCAACGUUUGAACAAAGUAAAAGGAAGAGCGGUGGAUUAACAUCAGAGAAAGAGGACGGAGGCUGUGGGAGAGAUUUCAACUCCACGAGACAAAUACUUUUCCACCAUCAAAACUAUGACAGAACCCGAGAGUCAAGCUGAUGAAAAAACAGAAACUGUAAAAAACAAAAGAGUUCUUGCCACUCGGGUGUCUGGAACUGUGAAAUGGUUCAAUGUGAAGAAUGGAUAUGGUUUUAUCAACAGGUUAGAUACAAAUGAAGACAUCUUUGUCCACCAGACUGCAGUGGUGAAAAAUAAUCCCAAAAAGUUAGUACGAAGUGUCGGUGAUGGAGAAACAGUGGAGUUUGAUGUUGUUGCAGGAGAAAAGGGGAAUGAAGCUGCUAAUGUAACUGGACCUGAUGGAACAGCUGUAGAAGGAAGUAAGUAUGCUCCUGACCGAAGGCGGUUCUAUGGGAGAUUUCCUCGAGGUCGUGGUUAUGGAAGGAGACCACCACCAAAGGUAAAUAUUGUAUGCGUGGCUUUGUAUUUAGGGAUGAUUUUUUUUUUCCCUCUUGAUAACUUGAUGUGCAAGAAAGCAAAAAUAGUUUUUCUGUAUUUGAUAAACAAUAUCCAGAAGUGGUUGUAGUGAGAGCCAAAUACA